CGGCCGGGAGGAGCGAGCGGAGGCGCGCGGCGCGGGGAGAGCUCCCCGGAGGUGAGCGCCCCCCAGAGGACCCGGGCCGGCGAGGGCCGGCGCCCCCCCGCAGGGGACGGGGCUGGGCCCGGAGUCGCCGGCGGCGCGGGGACCGGGCUGCCUGCGGCCGUCGGGCGCCUCUUCCCCUCCUGGGGCUUCCGGGGCUGCUUCCAGCUCCCCUCCCUGCGCCCGGCGUCCCAUCCCGGACCGCGCUCUCCGCCCCUCGGGGGCCCCAGGGGUGGGGGGAGCAGGGCAUGUGGAUACCUUGUGCCCAGCAGGCGGGACACGAGGCAACCUCGGCUGUGAGGAAGACCCUUGCAUCCGCACCUUGGAACGGGGAUGUUGUCAGACUUGCUCAUUUUCACUUUCGACCCCACCUUGGAAAGGGGCAGGUGGCUUCACUGUCUUCCUAGGAAACAGGAGACGGCCACCUCUAGCGGGGCCAUGGAAAUCCCAGAAAUUACUGAGCUUCUCACGGAAAGGCCUUGAACCCGGAGCCCCAUAGCGCCAGGUGGAGCGCCUGGCAGAGGCUGCGCGGUAAAUAUUGUUGGCCUUUGUGUUUAAAAGAAAAUCUGCCUGUGAAGAUAAGAGCACAUUUGCAAAGCUCCUGGAAAACCGCGGAAAACAAAAGCUCUUUCUCCUGAUUCACCAAAAAAAUGCUGACCAGCAUCCUCAUGGUGAUGAGGUUCCUAUAGCCUGAGGAACUAAAGCCUUUAAAGAACCAGGGGACCCCAUGUGCCCCUAGAUGAGAACAGAUUAGAAGCCGAUUGUGUUAGGCCUGGGAGGAUCAUGGGCGAUCACCUCGACCUUCUCUUAGGAAUGGUGCUCGUGGCCAGUCCUGUGCUUGGAAUUUCUUCCUGCUUCUCUGAUGGCCGGAUGGCCUUGUAUCGUUUCUGCAACCUCACCCAGGUCCCCCAGGUCCCCAACACUACUGAGAGACUCCUGCUAGGCUUCAACUAUAUCAAGACCAUCACAACCGCAUCGUUCCCCUUCCUGGAGCAGCUGCAGCUGCUGGAGCUCGGGACUCAGUUUACCCCCUUCACGAUUGACAAAGAAGCCUUCAGAAACCUGCCCAAUCUUAGAAUCUUGGACCUGGGCCACAGUCGGAUAGACUUCUUGCAUCCAGACGCUUUUCAGGGGCUGCCCCAUCUGUUUGAACUCAGACUCUUCUCCUGUGGUCUCUCUGAUGCUGUGUUGAAAGAUGGUUAUUUCAGAAACUUAGAGUCUUUAACUCGCUUGGACCUAUCCAUAAAUCAGAUUAGUGGUCUCUCCCUUCAUCCUUCAUUCUUGGAAUUGAAUUCCCUGAAGUCCAUUGAUUUUUCCUCCAACAAAAUACCCAUUGUAUGUGAGGGUGAGCUCGAGCCCCUCCGGGGAAAAACACUGUCCUUUUUAAGCCUUGCUAAUAAUAACCUGUACAGCAGGGUCUCCGUGGACUGGAAGAAGUGUAAGAACCCCUUCAGAAACAUGGUCCUGGAAACCCUAGAUGUUUCUGGCAAUGGCUGGACCGCGAACAUCAUAGGAAACUUUAGCAAUGCCAUCAAUGGAAGCCAGAUUUUCUCUCUGGUUAUUACCUACCACAUUAUGGGUUCUGGGUUUGGCUUUCAUAACGUCAAAGAUCCUGACUGGAGCACAUUCUCUGGCCUGGCCAGAAGCUCGGUGAUACACCUGGACCUUUCACAAGGGUAUAUCUUCUCCUUGAACUUCCGAGUCUUUGAGAGCCUCAAGGAGCUGAAGGUUCUGAACCUUGCCCACAACAAGAUAAACAAGAUUGCAAAUGAAGCAUUUUAUGGACUCGACAACCUCCAGCUUCUCAAUAUGUCAGGUAACCUUCUGGGGGAACUUUAUGAUUCUAACUUUGAUGGACUACCUAAGGUGGCCUAUAUCGAUCUGCAAAAGAAUCACAUUGGGAUCAUUCAGGACAAAACAUUCAGAUUCCUGAAAAAAUUACACACCUUGGAUCUUCGGGAUAAUGCUCUUAAAAGAAUUGAUUUUAUUCCCAGCAUUCCUAAUAUCUUCUUGGGCAGCAAUAAACUGGUGACUUUGCCAAACAUCACACUUACCGCCAACUUCAUCCACUUAUCAGAGAACAGGCUAGAAGAUCUGGGUGAUCUCUACUUCCUCCUCCAGGUACCUCAACUCCAGAUUCUCAUUUUAAAUCAAAAUCGCUUUUCUUCCUGUAAAUCAGCUCAUGCUUCUUCAAAGAAUCUCAGCUUAGAACAGCUUUUCCUUGGAGAAAAUAUGUUGCAACUUGCCUGGGAAGCUGGGGUCUGCUGGGAUAUUUUUAAGGAGCUUUUCCAUCUACAAGUCCUGUAUUUGAAUAAUAACUACCUGAAUUUCCUUCCACCAGGAGUGUUUAGCGAUCUGACUGCAUUAAGGAGCCUCAGCCUCAGUUUCAACAGGCUGAUGGCUCUUUCUCCUGGUGACUUACCUGCUAAUUUAGAGAUCCUUUAUAUAUCCAGAAACCAGCUCCUAUCUCCUGAUCCUGGUUUAUUCACGUCACUUGGAGCUGUGGACAUAACUCAUAACAAGUUCAUCUGUGAGUGUGAACUUGGCGCCUUCAUCAGUUGGCUCAAUCAAACCAAUGUCACUAUACUUGGGUCUCAAGCAGACAUAUACUGCAUGUACCCCAACUCGCUCUCUGGGGCUCCCCUCUACUCUGUUUCCAUGGAGGGUUGUGAUGAAGAAGAAAUCUUAAAGUCCCUUAAGUUUUCCCUUUUCAUUUUAUUCACUGUCACGUUGACUCUGUUCCUCAUGGCCGUCCUCAUUGUCACAAAGUUCCGGGGAUUUUGUUUCACUAGUUACAUGACAGCCCAGAGACUGGUGUUCAAGGACCGUCAUACCAGGGGAAGAGAAUCGGAUAUGUACAAAUACGAUGCCUAUUUAUGCUUCAGUAGCAAAGACUUUGAAUGGGUGCAAAAUGCUUUGCUUAAACACCUGGAUGCUCAGUACAGCAACCAAAACAGAUUUAAGCUAUGUUUUGAAGAAAGAGACUUUGUGCCAGGGGAAAAUCACAUCGCCAACAUCCAGGAUGCCGUGUGGAACAGCAGAAAGAUUGUCUGUCUUGUGAGCAGACACUUCCUUAGAGACGGGUGGUGCCUCGAAGCCUUCAGUUAUGCCCAGAGCAGGUGCUUGUCUGACCUCAACAGUGCCCUCAUCGUGGUGGUGGUCGGGUCGCUGUCCCAGUACCAGCUGAUGAAGCAUCAGUCCAUCAGAGGAUUCGUACAGACCCAGCAGUACUUGAAGUGGCCUGAGGAUCUCCAGGAUGUCGGCUGGUUUCUCAAAAAACUCUCCCAACACAUACUAAAGAAAGAAAAGAGAACGAAGAAAGACAAUAACACUCCGUUGCAAACUCUAGCAACCAUCCCCUAGUCAGAGGAGCAGUUUCAACUUAUCUCAAGCCAAGAAAACUCUUCACUUUGUACUUGCACUAAGUUAUCAUUUUGAGGUCCUUUUUGGAGGUUUUUCUUCCUACUCUGAAAACUACAUAAAUCUCUUGAUUUUCAUAGCAACUCGAUGCUUUGUCUCACUGACCUCCAAGUGGACAGUAAUAGAUCUAGAAAAUUGCAGCUGCCCCUGGAGGUUCCCACUCUCCAUUGAUUUCCUUUCAGACCCGAUAAUACUGUCCCCUCCUGUUGCAUCGACUAUGGAAUAUAUCCUAGUCGGAAGGGCACCUUGAGACAAGUUACAGAUGGCUGACACCCUUUCUCCAGCAUCAGUUCCAGAAUGGGCUGGCCAAUGAUUCUGAGAGCUCUGUGCUUUUCAGAAGAACACUAAGUAGAAAACAAACAGAAAAGAGUGGUGUUUCCUUCUUCCACCAUGGGAACAGGGCCAUUGCUGGGUUCAGGUCACGCUCAGCCUCAGGGUGAGAGGUGGCCCCAAAGAAGCCAGGAUGAGCAUAACUAGAUCUCUUGUGCUCAUGCUGCUCUUCCCGUGCUUGCCUUCUGGGUCUAACCCUAAUGGGUCAUGAACAUUCUUUUUUGCAUGCAACCUUUGUUUCAGCCUGGCCUUUAUUUCAGCCUGGCCUUCAAGAACUUCCAUGAUUUAGCACCAACCUAUUCCAGCUUUGUUCUCCCCCCCACCCCAUCUCGUUUAUCACCCACUCAGGCUGUUGCAGAAAGAACUUGAACUUUGGACACACAUCCUGGUUUGAGUGCUGAUUCUGCUGCUCAUUUGCUAUGUAACCUCGAGCAUGUUGCACACCGUUGUGGGGCCUCAGUGUUCUCGUCUGUAGACAUGAUAAUAUCUACCUCAUACAGUUGCCAUGAAAAUGAAAUUGGCCAAGGAUGUCAGGCUUCUUAGUUGUCUAAUGGCCAUGAGAGGGUGCACACAAGGAAGGGCCUUCUGGAGGCAGUUGAAAAUUCUGUAAGUUGUAUUUUUUUAUCUUAAAAUAAAUCUAUAUGUAUUUUG